UUCAAUACGUUUAAUAAGUUUCGAUCUCCAAAAAUCAACUGGUUCUAACCUAGAAAUAUGUCUCUGUUUAGGAAACCCAAGAAAAGUAUACAAAGACGUGUAUUUUCAGAACAAAAUGAUGAUGAAGACGAAAUGGAGUCCAAGGCUUCAGAAGCCCCAAAAGCGUCCAAAGAGGAAACCAAAAAGAAAGAAAAAUCCAAGAAAGAUCAGAAGAAACAAUCUUUGUUAAGUUUUGAAACUGAAGAAGAGGGUGAAGAGGUUUUUCAAGUUAAAAAAUCUUCACAUAGUAAGAAGAUGAUGAGAAUGUAUGAGAAGGAACGUAAAAAGAAAGAGGCCAAAGACUUAAAGAUCAAGGAUGAAGAGAAUAAAAUAAAAAAUAAAUGUGCUGUGGAUGUUUCUAUGGACAAUGAUUUGGUGAUUGUUGUUAACCACAAAAUACCUAGUCCUCCACCAGCACCAAUUCUUAGUGGACGUGAUGCUUUAUGUGCUGGAAAAGAUGAUAUGUCAUCAGAUGAUGAAGAUGUUGAUGUGAAUCAUAGAUUUUCAAAACCAGAUAAUUUUAAGAGAGUUUUGGAAUCUGGUGCUAUACCUGAUGCUGCAAUGAUACAUGCUGCCAGAAAAAAGAGACAAAGAGCUAGAGAGUUGGGUGACUUUGUACCUAUAGAGGAUGAAGAACCUGAAGAUAAAGGUCGACAUAUUCGGGAAGAUGAGAAUGAUGGCAGUGAUGAAGAAAGAAUUGACAUGGGUGCAAAUCCUGUUAAAAGGGAUCAAGAACGCCGUAGGGAACAAUUCUAUGAAGCUCAGGAUUCAGAUCAAGAAGUUAAUGAGUGGGAAGACCAACAGAUAAGGAAAGGAGUGACUGGAGCAAUUAUUAAUCAUGAAUUGGCUUAUAAUGAAUACAAUAAUUUACUACAGACUCAGACACAAUAUCAACAGAAUGUUUAUGCAACAAAAAUUGAUCCUGGUGUUCCAAGAACUCCAGAAGCUAUUUUGGCUAAACUAAAGGAGGAAUUUGAAAUUACAGAAAACCGAAAAAUUCAGCAUGAGAGGCAAUUAAGACAAGUGCAGGAUGAUUUAAUAGAUGUUGCAGAAGAAUUGACUACACUCAAAAUUGGAGCUCCUAAAGCAGCUGAAAAGUUUAGAUUCUAUCAAGAAUUGCGUGGUUAUAUUACUGACUUAGUAGAAUGUCUCGAUGAAAAAGUUGCAGUAAUUACUUUACUUGAACAGAAGGCAAUAGAACUAAUGGCUAAAAAAUCAGAUAGAUUGAUGGAAAGAAGACGUCAGGAUGUUCGUGACCAGGCUGAUGAAGUGACAAAUUUGAGUAAACGGUCUUUAGGACAACGGGCUCCGGAGGAUGAAGAAAAAAUGAGAAGAGCAGUGGAGAGGGAAGGUCGUAGAACACGUCGCAGAAGAGCCAGAGAAUCUACAGGAGAACCACGUCAUGUGGAAGGCAUGUCUAGCGACGAUGAAAUUCCUCAACAAGAGAGUUUAUAUUUUGAUAACGAACGAGAACAAAUUAACGUUGAAGUAAAUGCCGUUUUUGAAGAUGUCGUAGAUGAUUAUUCUUCUAUUGCAAGUAUCCUAAUCAAAUUCGAACAGUGGAGACUAACAGAUAUGUCAGUUUACACUGAAGCGUAUGCAACGUUAUGUCUCCCAAAAGUUGUUAGUCCAUUAGUAAGAUUGAAUUUAAUUUUUUGGGACCCACUAACUGAUACUAAGGAUUUGGAAAAAAUGGAUUGGUACCGUACAUUGGCACUUUACGGUUUACACGAUGACGAAACAGAAAAUAGCCUUAGUAAGGACCCUGAUUUAAAUUUACUGCCAACGUUAAUAGAGAAGAUAAUCAUUCCUAAAAUAACGGUAAUGAUUGAAAAAUGCUGGGACCCACUGUCGAGUUCUGAAACAUUAAGACUUGUUGGUGUCGUUGGGAGAUAUAUCAGGAAAUAUCCAACUUUGGGCCCUGAUAGUAAAGCACUCCAUAAUCUAUUUAACGCCGUAUUAAACAAGAUAAAAACGUCCCUGGAACAUGAUGUUUUCAUCCCAAUAAUGCCGCGAUUGGCUGAAACAAAAAAUCCCUUUUUUCAACGGCAGUUUGCCAGCGGCUUGAAACUUUUAAGAAAUAUUACUAGUUGGCAAGGUAUAUUGAACGAUAAUACACUUAAAGAACUAGCAAUAAAUGCACUUUUGAACAAAUAUUUAAUAAGCGGUAUCAAAGUGAGUAAUUUAAUUGAUGCUACUGCAAAAAUUCAACUUGUCAAUUUAAUUUUACCAAGAGUUUGGUUGCAAGGUAAUCAAACUCAUUUGCAAAUGUUUAUCAAUUGCGCAAUGCAGUUAGCCCAGCAGUUGGAUAAAGAUAAUCCUCUUCAUUUAGAAUCUAUUGAACUUAUUAAUAAUAUUAUAAAACAAUAA